CGCGCGACGCAUGAGGUUAUUGCGAUCAUUGGAGCAAUAACGAUUAAAUAUCAUCACGCCAUCCCUAAAAGCCGUUAGUUGGUCCAUUCCAAACGAGACGUGUAAUUUUUUUUUACUCAAUUUAUCUUCCACGGUGUAAACCACUUACCAUUAACUAGUCACUUUAAUUUUUCAAGUCUCCACGCAAUCGUCCGAUACUCCGGCUUUCAUUCGCGUUUGAAUCGUAUAUAUCAAACAUUCAAAAUAGCUUCAAUAAAAAAAAGAAAAAUGGAAAACGGAGUCACCCACAAAUUUAAAGUUGCAGAUUUAUCUCUUGCUGAAUGGGGCCGUAAAGAAAUUAUUUUAGCCGAAAAAGAAAUGCCUGGUUUAAUGUCUUUACGUAAAAAAUAUGGCCCACUCAAAAUUCUCAAGGGUGCUCGUAUAGCUGGUUGUCUUCAUAUGACUAUUCAAACAGCUGUCCUCAUUGAAACUCUAAUUGAACUAGGUGCUGAAGUACAAUGGUCUAGCUGUAACAUAUUUAGUACUCAAGAUCAUGCAGCUGCAGCAAUUGCAAAAGCUGGAAUCCCUGUGUUUGCUUGGAAAGGUGAAACUGAAGAAGAGUACUUAUGGUGCAUUGAACAAACAUUAGUGUUUGCCGAUGGUAAACCUUUAAAUAUGAUUUUGGAUGAUGGUGGAGAUUUGACCACACUGGUACAUGAGAAAUACCCCCAGUAUUUGGAUGGAAUCAAAGGAGUAUCUGAAGAGACAACCACUGGUGUUCACAAUCUAUACAAAAUGAAAAAACAAGGUAUUUUAAAGAUGGCAGCUAUUAAUGUAAAUGACUCAGUUACAAAAAGUAAAUUUGAUAACUUAUAUGGUUGUCGUGAAUCCCUUAUUGAUGGUGUGAAACGUGCAACAGAUAUUAUGAUAGCAGGAAAGGUCUGUGUUGUUGCUGGUUAUGGUGAUGUUGGCAAAGGAUGUGCUAUGUCAUUGCAAGCUUUUGGUGGUCGUGUUAUUGUCACUGAAAUCGACCCAAUUAAUGCACUUCAAGCGUCCAUUGCUGGUUUUGAAGUAACCACUAUGGAAGAAGUCUGUUCAAAGGGACAAAUAUAUGUAACAACAACAGGUUGCAAAGGUAUUAUAACUGGUGAACACUUCCCAAAUAUGCCAGAUGAUGCUAUUGUAUGUAAUAUUGGUCAUUUUGAUUGUGAGAUUGACGUGACUUGGUUGGAAAAAAAUGCUGUUGAUAAAGUUGUCAUCAAACCUCAAGUAGACCGAUAUACUCUGGCCAAUGGCAGACACAUAAUUCUUUUGGCACAAGGAAGAUUGGUGAAUUUAGGUUGUGCUACUGGGCAUUCAUCAUUUGUUAUGAGCACUUCUUUUACUAAUCAAGUUCUUGCUCAAAUUGAAUUAUUUACCAAGACAGGACAAUAUGAAAAUGAUGUAUAUGUAUUACCUAAGAAAUUAGAUGAAGAAGUAGCAGCUUUACAUUUGGACCAUUUGGGUGUCAAGUUGACCAAGCUCACUCCUGACCAAUCUAAGUAUCUUGGAAUACCAAUUGAAGGGCCAUACAAACCAGACAGUUACAGAUACUAAAAUUAAUUAAAGAAAUAAACUUCAAUUUAACAGUACAUUUUAUUUCAACUUAUCAAAAAUAUAAUAU